AUGGCGGGCAAUGGCGAGGAAGACAUCUUGCCGCCGCACAUGGCUCGUCUGCUGACGGACAAGCUCUAUGAGAAACGCAAAACGGCGGCGGUAGAGUUGGAAAAGUACAUCAAAGACUUGCUCCAGCAGUCGCCGCAGAACGAGGCCAAGGUGGCCGCCAUUCUAGCGCAUCUGCGCAAGAAGUAUUUUAUCAAAACCAAUGUCAAUGCUCGCAAGGGCGCUCUCAUUGCCUUUGCAGCCGUGACCAUGGCCGUCAAGCAGGUUUUGGGCUGCAGUCGUGAGUUCAUGCAGGAGGUCGUCCCACCCGUUCUCACUGGCAUGACCGAUGAAGAUGCGCGUGUCCGUUACUUUGCCUGCGAAGCCAUGCUCAACAUCGCGCGCACGGCCCGUGGUAAUGUUUUGCCUUUUUUCAACCGUCUCUUUGAUGCCCUGUGCAAAUUGGCUGCUGAUUCCGACCCCAACGUCCGCAACGGCAUUGAGCCCUUGGAUCGCACGCUCAAGGAUCUGGUGACUGAGCACGGUCAAGUGGACGUGGAGUCCUUUGUUCCCUUGCUGCGCGACCGCAUUCGCACGACCGAUCCUCGGGCGCGGAGAUUUUUGGUAUCAUGGCUGCAAAUUUUAAAUGCCGUUCCCGACCUGGACCUCAUCUCUGAGUUGCCAAAGUUUCUCUCUGGCCUCUUUGAGAUUUUGGAGGAGCCCACUGCCCCAGAUCAUUUGCUUACUUAUUUGGUUGCCUCAUGUCAGGAGAUUAAUCGCCUCUGCUUGAUCGUCUGCAAGGAGUUUCUCAAAGCUUUGCCGUCGGCUACGCACCUCAACACCCGCGAGCUCAUCUCCAUCGCCACCCACUACUGCUCAUCUGAGCACUCGCUCAUUAAACGGACCGCCAUCUCCUGGGUUCGCGAGUUCUUGGAACUGUACAAGCAUGCACUGCUUCCCGCGGUGGCUGAUUUGCUGCAAUCCAUUCUGCCAGCCAUGAGCGAUGCAGUAGACACGGCCCUCAAGGAACUCUCGCAAACCGUCAAUCAAGGGUUGUUGCGUCUAGUAGCUGACAGCUCAUCCGAAGAACUUGCGGCCUUUAAUUUUGAUAAGACUUUGACUGUGUUGGUUGGGCAAUUGGCCAUCGAGGCUGUGGAUACGCGACUUGCCGCCUUGCGUUGGCUUCUUAUGCUUCGCGAAAAGAUGCACCGCCAGGUCAUCGACUUGGAUUUGGAAGUUUUUGCGGAAAUGUCGUCAUCUGAUGACGAUGACGCAGAGGAUUGUACAGAUGCCGCACAGCUUUUCUUUGAAGGCACCAUGGCCAACAUCCUGAAGCUGUUUGAUACAGAUCGCACCCUGCUGGCACAGCGAGGUGCCUACAUCAUUCGCACAUUUUGUCGCUUCCUUGGUGCCGAGCGCGUGUACCGAAGCUUGGCUGGCAGCGUUUUGUCUUCGGCUGAUCCUGAGUUUGCACCGGUGAUGGUGCAACAUUUGAACGUCAUCUUGUUGACGGCAACCGAGCUCUCGGAGCUUCGUCUUGCGAUUCGCCAGUGCUGGUGCUUUAGUCCCGUGUCAACCCUCUCCCUCUGUUUGCUGGGCCAAGUGUACGAUCAUGCCUGUGACGUGCUGGCCAAGUGCGGCCAGGCUCCGCCCACUGUUUCCUUCCUUGUGGAGGUCGAUAAGCUGGUGCAACUCCUUGAGUCUCCAAUCUUUACAUAUUUGCGCCUGCAACUGCUUGAGCCGCACACUUACAGCUACUUGAUCAAGUGUCUUUAUGGCCUACUGAUGCUGUUGCCCCAGUCAACGGCCUUUAUGACGCUCAAGACUCGCUUAGAGGUUAUGCCAGUGGUUGCAAGCACGCUGGGGGAUUUGGAUCGUGCCAACAAGGACAAGAGCAAGGGCGGCAACAUUGGUAGCGGUCUACCCUUUGCAGAGCUCUUGGCUCACUACGAUCAGAUUCAGGCGAGGGCAACGACGCAUGUGCACGCCUAA